AAUAUUAACUGCCGGAAAAAUACUAGAUUAUAUGUUUUGUAAUAUUUCGGUCACUCUGUUCACAAAUCAUCGAUAGCUCUGCUCAAAAUAAUCGUUCAAAUCAUCGGGAAUCGGGCAAAAAUGGAAAUUGCUUAAAACACAUUCACAUUCGCUUUCGCAUUCGCAUUUAGUUGAACUGAUGAUAAGCAACGUGUUUGUGUCCAAACGCGUCAGCACAGACUAACAAGCCUGCACAUACCUACGCACACAUGCAAGCAGUGUUGAUGAUGAGGAAAGACUCAUGUUAUUGUCUCAAGGCAUUCGUCUUAUUGGUAAUUUCCAUAUGGUGUUUGGAGGUCGGCAGUACAGAUGUACAAACCAGCUUACCUGGCCAACUAAAGUUUGCACAUGUGAUUUACAGACAUGGCGACCGAAUGCCUGUUGACCCGUAUCCCACAGAUCCAUGGAACGAUAGGAAAUACUGGCCUACAGGCUGGGGGCAGUUGACUAAUCGCGGAAAGCUGCAACAUUAUGAGUUAGGCAAAUGGCUGAGGAAAAGGUAUAGCUCAUUGCUGGAUACGAAGUACGACAACGAACAGAUUUAUGUGCAGUCCACAGAUGUGGAACGAACACUAAUGAGUGCGGAGUCUAAUUUAGCUGGCUUAUACGAACCCGUUGGCGACGAUGUCUGGAAUGCCCAAAUCAAAUGGCAACCCAUUCCUGUGCAUACAGUGCCCGAGAAGGAGGAUGCGAUUGUAGCUGCCAAGGCGCCAUGUCCAGCUUUUGAGUACUAUUUGGAAAAUUUUAUGAAUUCUGAAAAGUAUCGAUCUCUCUUGGCGCGCUACAAAAAUUUGUUUGACUAUUUGUCGAAUAAUAGCGGUCGGGCUGUUCAAACAUUUAUAGAUGCACAAUAUCUUAACAAUACCCUGUUCAUUGAGACAUUGUACAAUAGGACUUUGCCGGUGUGGGCGCAAAAGGUUUAUGGUAGUCCCGACCUCACUUUUAUCUCGAAUUUCGCCUUCUCGAUCAAUACGCAUACACGAAAGCUGGCGCGCCUUAAAACCGGACCUCUGCUUAAGGAUGUACUUAAUCGUUUCGAGAUCAAGCAUAAGAAACAAUUGAAACCGGAUCGGAAUGUGUUCAUAUAUAGUGCACAUGAUACGACAGUUGCCAACUUGUUGAAUACCCUCAAACUAUUCCAGUUUCACAGUCCUCCCUACACGGCAUGCAUUUUGUUGGAACUGCGCGUGGAUGACAAGGAUACUCCAUUCGUUUCGGUUUUCUAUAAGAACACAACAGCAGAACCGUUGCCGAUGAAUAUUCCCGGUUGUGGCAUAUCUUGUCCUUUGGCAAAAAUGUUUGAAUUAUAUGAAGAAGUUUUGCCCGAGAAUUGGGUUGAUGAAUGCAAACGAUCGACUCUGACUAUGACGUAUGAGGAGGCUAAUCUCGGCGCUGCAACAGGCAUUCUUAUAGGAAUCAUUGCUAUCCUACUCCUCGCCAGCUACGGACUGAUGAUAUAUUACCGUCGCAGAGACUACAAGAUGCACAAUUCAUAUGCCCAAAUGGCGUAGAUGAGAUCUUCGAAAAAAGACUUUGUUAAAGCACAGGAUUAAGAUCGAGUAUUGCUCAGAGAUAGGAAUACAAACAAAAUUGAUUUGAGCACUUUUGAUUUGAACUCACUAAUGAAUAUAUAGUUCUCGUAUAUUUAAACAUGAGUACGAUACCGUAAUCAAUCGAUAAUUACGAUAUUAGUUCUUAGCAACAAUUGAAAAU